AUGAGCAGAGUCUCCUAUCUGGAGCAAUCGAUGAGCAACCAAAGCUAUCACGGAGGCGACGAAGAUGCCGGAGAGACCCCUAAUCCGUUGCCAAUGGAUCAGAGAUCCGGCGUAGGGGCUUCCACCAACGGUGAUAGUGGGGUCAACAAUCGACCUCCAUCAGAAAAGAGCAGCCGAAGUGUACAAAACCAGUCAUAUGCUAAAAGCCAGCAAUCAGAUGCAAACAGCCAUGUCUCCCCGGCAUCCGAAGCCCGAUCAGAGUUCCUGGGGCCAACUCAAGAAAAGGACACUCAAACACCCGAAGACAAAGCUCUAGCUGAAGAAGACCUGCAACGAUACCUGAACCCGAACGCCGACAACAGAUGUGCCGCUGACCCUGAGCGACGAAAUCUGCUAGCCUCGGUUUUGAUGUUGGCCAAGCAGACCCCAGCAGCCGAGCCAAGAUCCUGGGAGCUGGACAAAGCGUCGAUUUCAACUAUGAACUUUUAUGAUUCAUCUAUGUACCCCUCGCCCGAGUUCCUAUAUCUAAUGUUGAGUUACUCAACGAAUAGCGAUUCUUCGAGGUACUUUCUCGAUAUGAACGUCAACGGAUCGCUCCUCGGCUUUGAGAAAAUGGCGCAGGCGCUACUAGAGGGCACUGUUCAUGGCAGAGAGAGAGUCCACUAUAUCGUCUGUGUCAAUUGUACUGCUUAUAUGUUUUUGGCUGCAAUCGACUCCAAUGAGCAGAACUCCUUGCGAAAAGAACUUUCCAAAAUCGCGCGGCGCAAAUUUCGAGAGAAUAUCAACGCAGCAGUUCAUCAUCUUGAUACUUACCCUCGUCAGGAUCCUCUCCUGAUGCAGGCCUUGCUCUCUGCGGCCAUGGUAAUGCAGGACACCGGAUACAUGCGACGAUGCUGGGAGUUGAACUCCGCUGCAUGUCGUGUUGGUGCUCUGCUUACUGGCUCAUGGAUUGCCGAACGAGCGAAAACAGCACCGGCUGAUGAGAUUUUUGAGAUACGACUGAACUUGAUGAAAUGUUAUGUAUUCGACCGUGCGCUGGCCUCUAAUGCCAACCAACCAGCCUCUCUCGUGGAAGUUGAUAUUGAUACCUCUGUGCUUGACACUAGUAAACAAAGCCAUGCGAUGAUGUCUAUCAUGGUUGAGAUUGGAAAGGCUCAUGAUGUGAUAAUCCGUGAGACGAGGGCGCUGGGGGCUACUGGCAAUAUCGACCAGGUUGACACAGCGACAAUACGGGCCCAGGGUGAACGCGUGAUGGAUAUCAUUCAACGAGCAAAGGAGUUCCGCUCCCAGGCUCCUGCUUCCGAAUCUCGGUUUCUCAUAUCAGAGUGGGCUGGCAUUGACUUUGUCUGCUCCUCUACAUUGACUUCCAUCGGUCGUCUCAGCGCUAUUGAGGACCGCUCCGGUCACCAGUCAUGCUUGAACCAUGCCCGGGACUCUCUUUCGGCUCUCAAGACCAUGCUUGAGAUUGCAACCCCACCGACACCAUAUCGAACCAAAUGCAUCUCGUCUAUUGCUUGGCUUGUACCGUUAUUCACCCUUCGCCCUCUCUUUCUUCUUUUCCGAAGCCUGGUCGCAACAUCCGAUGCGCUCGAUUUAAGACUCAUCCAAGAUAUUGCCCAAGGCUUGCGCCCUUUUUCAGAAACCCACCACUCUAUUUUGACCGUCGAACGACUCUGCCAAUCGCUCAUUUCGCAGUACUCAAACUUUGCGACAAAGGUGAUCUAUAGUCGAAACAACCAGCACACCCAACAUCCUCCUGACGACGAUCCCGUCCAAAGUUUCGACAAUCUUGUAUUUGCCCAGCCCCCAGUACAAAAGAUAUCUCCAAAUGUAAUCGGUCCUCGUAAGCAACACCUGAUUGAGUACCAAAAUGACUUCUACGGCAUUAUGCAGCCAGAGUACUAUAAUCACGAUUCAAAUUUCGAAACGCUCAACUGGCAGAGUGGGUUUGACUGGUUGAACCUGUACCCAGUGGAUCAAUAA